AUGGGAUGUGCAGCAGGGUGGAGCUGCUGGAAAGAGGAUGAUCUGUCCCGCUCCGGCCUGCCCCCUUGUGAUGCUGCGGUGAACUUGGCUGGUGAGAAUGUUCUCAACCCCCUUCGCAGGUGGGAUGAUGCCUUCCGCAGGGUUGUGGUUGCCAGCCGGGUGGAGACCACCAAGACCUUGGCCAGGGCCAUCGCUGAGGCCGAAAGGCUGCCCUGCUCCUGGGUCCUCGUCACCGGCGUAGGGUAUUACCGCCCAAGCCCCAUGGCUGAGUACACCGAGGAGAGUCCCGGCGGUGACUUCAACUUCUUCUCACGCCUGUUGAGCGCCUGGGAGGCAGCAGCUAAAAUUCCCGGGGACAGCACGCGCCAGGCUGUGGUGAGAUCCGGUGUGGUGCUGGGGAAGGGUGGAGGUGCCAUCUCGCAGAUGCUCUGGCCGUUCCGGCUUGGCCUGGGGGGCGCCGUGGGCUCUGGCCUCCAGCCCUUCCCAUGGAUCCACAUCCGGGACUUGGCCGGUGUCGUGUGCCACGCCCUGGAGACGGAGGGUGUGCGUGGGGUUCUCAACGGGGUCUCCCCGGCCUCGUCUGGCACCUCCAACGCCGACUUCGCCCAGGAGCUGGGCUCGGCCCUGGGGCACCCGACCCUGCUGCCCCUGCCCAGCUGGGCAGUGCGGGAUGUCUUCGGGGCUGAGCGGGCCGUCAUGCUGCUGGAGGGCCAGCGAGUGGCGCCGAAAUGCACCCUGGAGAGUGGCUACUGCUUCGUGUACCCCAACCUGCCCUCUGCCCUGCAGGACAUCGUGUCCUGAGCGGCUGAGGGGGGGCUGAUCCCAGUGCCCCAGGGAUGCCCCUGUUCUGGGGGGAUCAGCCCCUAGAGACCCCUUAUCUCUGGCUCCCACAGCCCA